AUGUUCGUCUAUUUUUAUUUCAUCCUUAACCAAUGUUUGGCGCUUAAAUCGUACGGCACUUGUGACUCUAGUAACGCGUGUUUGGAUUACUUGACUGAGCAUAAUGAGCGAGGAACAUCUAAAAUUAACUCGAAAAUCUCCGUUGUUUUCAUAUAUAAAUCUUAUUUAAUCCCGGCGCGUAAGUUUGAAAGAAAUUUUCAUUCCGGUACAACAUUCCCGUUACAAAAUUUACGGUCACUUGACACACUUGUGUACACUCGUGUUCAUAAAAGUUUCGCAUCACAAGAGGAUUCACUGAUAUUUUUUGGUGUGGGGAACAAGUUGGGUAUCGGCAUCGUCGAUGUGAUUUUUUCUGUUGGAGCGCGCGCGUCCGUUUCGGAAGGCAGCUGCGAAAGCACUGACUUACAUAAGGGAUUCUCCCGGUGCCACCCGAGCGUCUGUCGGAGAGGGAUGGCACACGAUUUUCGUAAGGGUUGCAGGUCGCGUGCGGUACGUUGCGAAAGAGACGGAAGAGAUUUUCGCAUUCAGGCCGUAGUCCGUCAGUCUAUCACAGGUACAACAUCUAGGUUUUCCUCUGUAGGGCAAUGCGGAUAUUUGAAGUCGGGUAUCUCUUUGUGGAAUUUGCUGCGUGCAGCGGAAUCGUCUGCCACGAUAGGUAUAGAUGGUUGUCCAAUACGAUUCUCAUCAUCUAUAGAACUGCAAGACGCAGUUUCUAUAUCACACAGCACGAGAGUAGUAAAUACUAGGGCAAUAUAG